CUUUGAUCGCUGUGACACAGCCCGCAAAACCGUUAAUACUUGUGUGAAUUGUUUUUGCUAUUUAUAUGCUCAAUUGUUAACAAUUAUCGUUUCUCUGCAAAAAUUUGCAUUGUAACAAAUUUAAAGACAGCAAUAAUUAUGUCCGACGACAAAUCGCCCACCAGCCUCUUCAUCUUCAACGAUCAAAGUCCGGAGAAGAAACAUUACGAUUUCAAUUUUGCGUUACCUCCGCCUACCGCGCCGUCACCACAGGUUCAACCUAUGGACGUGGAUACGUCCGGACCGAUCAAGCUACCGGAGGAAUUAUCCGACGCUCAAAUUGCUAGUGAGAAGAAGCAGAAGCUGAACAGUGGUAAGGUUAGACGGAAAAUACGGAAGCUAACAAGCAUAGACGAAUCUCUAUCCAGGAAACACGAAUCGGGUUGGUUAUGUCAACUGGGGGGAAUUCGUUCGAUUAUGGUGUGCUCGUUUGUUAUUCUGGUCAUCGCUGUGCUGGUGGGAAUAUUUGCAAAGGAUGACCUGCGGAAAGAUUUCUACAAAAUGUACAGAAACCAUCAUCAAUUGUUGCUGUACGGAGUCGAGGACUACUGUCUGCAAGAGCUGGAUUUUUCCAACGUGACAAAGGCACUGAAGGCGCGAGUCGUGGGGCAGCAGCUUGCUGUUGAUCAAAUAUCUGAUUUUUUCAAUCGACAUCGAGAUGAUCCUUAUUCUUCGCUAGCACUGAGUGGACCGGUGGGCGUUGGAAAAAGUCUCACUGCUGAACUGAUUGGCAACAACUUUCAGUGGCGGUCGAAUGUGCAUCGGUUUACCUGGGGUAUUGCCAUAACUGCGGAACAACAGUUUUCCAACUUUCAGUCGUUUCUGUAUUCGCUCAGAAACGGUGCCUCAACCGAAUUAAACUGUGGCCAUAAUUUGUUGAUUAUUGAUAAUCUGGAAGCGACUGACGCUGGCUUGGUCAAUAAAAUUAACAACCGGCUGAAGUUUGUGUCGGAGAAGGAUAACGUGCAGCUGACGGCGUUGUUCGUGUUUCAGGGAGCUUCUGCUGGUGAUUCCAGCUGCCUCAGGGGUUUGAAUGGGAACAUCGAACAAGUGACUCUAAGGUCACUUACGGAGAACGACUUAGAACAGUGUAUUCGCUUGGAGGCUAAGGAAUUGGGAGUUGAUUUGGGCGAAGAUACGCGGCUGGUCAAUAUUGUGAUGAGCAGCGUGGAUGUGCACCGGUAUGGCUGCAAGGGCGUACGAGCCAAGGUUAGCUUGUACUCGUAAUGUUCGGUUGGGAUUGAAGACUUGUUCGUUUGAAAUAUAUGCUGUGAGAUUAUUGUUUGUAGA